AUACCAAUACUGAUAGUCUGAUACAUCUACUCCCCUUAGCUCAAUCAGUCCAACAAAUCAUACUUUCUUCCUAUAUUCUACCCUUCAAAUAUAUUCCCAAAAUAGAUCAUAUAAAAAAGUAUGAAAAUUAACCCACCUGCAAAAAUAUGCACAAAACCUUAUUGUUUCUUUUGUGCAAUGAAUGAACCAAACACACAUCUCAGAAGAAAAAAACUUGCAAAAUGCUUCAAAGAAAUGCCCUUCAUAGAUGAUCAAGAACAUGUAUUGGUAUUAAGCAGUCUUUGGAAUUUAGCCAUGAAUCAACCAAAUGAUCCAGAAUUCCCAUCUCUUGGAAUUUUCCAAUGCAUGUCCAACUUCAUUCUCAAAGGUAUUAAUUACAAAGACUGGCUUCUCGUAGACCAAAACAUCUACAUACCAUAUUAUGCAGCUCAUAUCAUAGGUUCAUACACCAUGAACAACCCCAAGUUUGCAGAAAAAGCUGCAAAUUCUGGUGUAAUUCCACCAUUGUUGGACCUUCUAAGAGGUAAAAUGAGUUGGGUAGAGCAACGAGUGGCGGUCCGAGCACUUGAUCAUCUUGCAAGCCAUGAGAAGUCAUUUAAAAAGCUUAAAGAUUAUGAAGGGGAAAUAGUGGGGUUAUCAAUGAAGAUAGCUUCUAAAUGCUUAAAAGAAGUUUAUGAUAGUUUUGUCAGAAAAGGAGAAACAGAAAGGGUAGAAUUGGAAUAUCAGUGUGAUUUGCUGACAAGAGGAGUUGGAGGGUUGGAGUUUGCAAACAGAAAAGCAGAGGAAUGGGCAAGUCAGCUUCAAUGUUGGUGUCUUUCUUUGUUAGAUUGCUUUGUCAAAAGAGAAAGAGGGUUGAAUCUGAUAUGCUGCAAUAAUCAGAGUUUUUUGACAGAUUUGAGUAAAAUGUGGGGUGGUUUAGUUAACAGGAAAUCUGCUUCUGGUAUUGGUCUAAUCAGAGGUUUAUGUCAUUCAAAAAAAGGAAGAAUUAGUGUUGCAAAUUCAAAAGAAGUCAUUUUAAGCCUCUGUAAUACAAGCAGAUCUUCGGAUGAUUUUCAGUACAUGGCUAUUGAAUCACUCUUGUUAAUACUCAAAGAUUCAGAUACAAGGUACAAAGUUAUAGAUUAUGCAGUUUUGUAUCUUAAAGAUUUGGUUGAGAUUAGUAGAGUUAAGGAGAGAAAAGGGGUUGUUGGGGAGAUGAUUACACAGGUUUUGUUGCAGGAUUAUGGGAAGAUUAAGUAUGGAAAGUUGAGAUUAAGUGAAGGAGCUGAGAAGGGGUUGGAAGAGAUUUGGGAGGUUAAAGUUGAGAAGAGGAAAAGAGAGAAGUUAAUGAAUGAUGAAGAGAUUAAGGAAAUGAAAUGUUUGGCAAACCAAAUGAAGAAAGAAGGGAAUAAGUUGUUUUGGGAAGGGGAUAUUGAAGGUGGUUUGAUGAAAUACACAAAAGGUUUGGAUAUUUGCCCUUUAAAGUAUAGAAAAGAGAGGAUUGUUUUGUUUAGUAAUAGAGCUCAAUGUAAUUUGAUCCUUAAAAACCCAGAAAAUGUGAUUAGUGAUACAACAAAGGCGGUAUGUUUGUCGAGUAGAGGUAACAACAACAACCCACAUUGUAAGAGUCUUUGGAGGAGAUCACAAGCUUAUGAUAUGUUAGGGUUGGCUAAGGAAAGUUUGAUGGAUUGCUUAUUGUUCAUUCAUUGCAACAAGAAUUCUAAGUCCAAUGGAAGAAAGGAGUACAAUGUUCCGUAUUAUGCAGCUCGUAUGAUUAGUAAACAGACUCGUGCCACGUGGUUGUUUACUGGGGUUGUAUCUACUUCUCAGUGCGAUCAUUUUGAAGACAUUCAAGAACCAGAUGAUGGUAGUUAAAAGCUUGUUCGGUAUUACUGUCAGUUUCAUCUUUUGGGUUUUGUUUUGAUUUUGAAAGUCAUGUGAUUUUAUAUUGAAUCAUGAAUUGAAAAAGUCAUACCUAUCGUAAUCAUAUUGAUUUUUAAAA